CCCUGCACCACAGUUUGGGAGAGAGCCCAGAGAGUCAGGAGGAGGGAGACAUUCAGUGAAUGCAUAGAGCCACCAGACAACAAGGACCUGCAAACACUGCAGACCAGCCUCAUCUCCAGCACAUCUGCAUCCUCUUCAGUCAUCCUGUGUGUCUCCUGUCUGCUUGCUUCUUGCCACUGUGGAGUGGAGGUCUGAUGCUCUGACAGCAUGCCUCUGCUGGUAUCACUGCUGCUUAUGGGGCUGGACUGCUUUCUGGGAGCCCCGGCUGGGAGAGAGGUCUACAGGAUGCCCCAAAGUGCUCUUAAAGCUCUUUCUGACCGUGGCACUGUUGUUCUGGAAGCAGCCAUGACCAGUGCUCUGUCUUCUCUCGAUCGCGCAACGUCUGAGAGAAGCCGGGCUGAAGCCAGCUGCCAAGGUUGUGUUCCCUGCCUGUUUCAGAACUGCGGACAGCUGUCAGGGUCCUGCCUGUCUUCUUCCAAUACUCUAUCAGAGCCCAGCUGUGAGGUCAUCAGUAAGGCCCAGAAGCUUCAAGGUGAGGCAGAGAGGAGUUGGGCUCUAAGUCAGGCCUGUGCGUACUAUCAGAAUCGCUGUCCACCUGGUGAGGUGGACACAGAGCGCUGCAUCAGGAUCAUGGGGGAGAGCUGCAGCGCUCGUGUCCUCCAGUGCAGCCUGCUUAACACGAUGCAGAACCUUGAACCAGCUAUGCAGACACACACACAAGCAGCAGUGUGUGGUCAGAGGUCACCCACAGUGCGAAACAUUACACAGCCCCGCUCCAGGAUUGUGGGCGGCUCCCCUGCACCUCCAGGCAGCUGGCCGUGGCUAGUUAACCUGCAGCUGGAUGGCGGUCUGAUGUGCGGGGGGGUUCUGGUGGACAGCUCCUGGGUGGUCACUGCUGCACACUGUUUCGCUGGCAGCCGUAGUGAGAGCUACUGGACAGCCGUUGUAGGCGAAUUUGACAUCACCAAGACUGACCCCGAUGAGCAGGUUCUCAAAGUGAAUCGCAUCAUCCCCCAUCCUAAGUUCAACCCAAAGACAUUUAACAAUGAUAUAGCUCUGGUGGAGCUGACUUCUCCAGUGGUCCUGUCUGAACAUGUCACCCCAGUGUGUCUUCCUUCUGGCAUAGAGCCCCCCACUGGCAGCCCAUGUCUGGUGGCAGGCUGGGGCUCCCUCUAUGAGGAUGGCCCAUCUGCUGAUGUGGUGAUGGAGGCCAAGGUGCCUCUGUUGCCUCAAAGCACUUGUAAGAGUGCUCUUGGCAAAGAACUGGUCACCAACACUAUGCUUUGUGCUGGUUAUCUUUCUGGAGGCAUAGACUCUUGUCAGGGAGAUUCUGGUGGCCCCCUGAUCUAUCAGGACCGAAUUUCAGGCCGAUUUCAGCUCUAUGGCAUCAUCUCCUGGGGAGACGGCUGUGGAGAGAAAGGCAAGCCCGGAGUUUACACACGGGUGUCUGCCUUCUCUGACUGGAUUCAGGCUGAGAUACAGAAGUCAUUUGGAAGCCGGGAGCCAACAUGUCCAGAGCUUCUGAAGACAACUGAAAUGACAGAGGAAGAGCAGAGGUCAGAGUUCAGUUCUCUGUGUCGCUUUUAUAAACUGACCUGUCCUCCAGGUCAGUCUGCCAGUGCUUGCAGCCAAAUGGCCGAGGACAAAUGCCUCACCCGCUUCAAGAAAUGUCAGUUGCACUCGUUCCUGCAGACCCUGUUGGACUUGCUCCAGAGGGCCGAGGAUUACAUCAGGGACAAAGUGGACCUGACUUUCUUCACCCAGACUCUGCCUCAGCUUGUGGAGCACAUCUACAGCACAGCUUUCACUCACACCAGAGAGAGGAGGGACCUAGGCCUGAGCCACAGUCUCAAACAGAUUGGAGAAAAGCUAGGUGGAGCUGCGGUACCAGCAGAGCAGUGUCCACCUCCGGUUCCCCCAGUCUUAUUCAGAGAUGUCGGAGCCUCGGUGGACGACUGGGAGAAAUACCUCAGAAACAUGGCUGAUGAUAUGGAUAAACAAAACCCUGACACAUUCACAGACAUCUCCUCCAAACCCAAGAGACAGGAGGACAAGCUUUUCUUACAGACACAAGACUCCUCUGUACAGCAACUGGAGGGAGAAUAUCAAUCCAUCAUCUCAGCUCUGCGGUCCAAACUGGACUCCAGAGCUGCUCCUCCCAUCCUGCACUUUGACUCAGUCUACCAUCAAGAGGAGUCUCCCAGCAGUCCGUCUUUUCUUACUCCUUCCACUGGAACACCAGACCACACCAACCCACCCUCCUCUUCCUGGGUGUCACAGAAGCCUUGGUCACUUCUAACAGCUCUGAUAAAUGAUGUUAAGAAAUUAAGGACACAAAGUGGGAUUGUGGCAGAAGAAAGAUUUCAGAGUGAAACCUCAUUUGGGGAAGAAGCUACUCCUAAUGUAAAAUGGAGCACCACAUCAGAGGAUUUUACAUUUUCUGAAAACGAAGACAGAACAGAGUCAACAACUGUUGUCCAGCCAGUCACUGAGAGCACUCCCACAGAGACUGCUGACCCCGGACAGACUGCUGACAAGCCUUUAAGUCUUCACAGAAAAUACAGGAGCCUUCUUCACAGGAGGCAAACAGCUGGUACCAAUGGGAAAAUUUGUCCUGGAGUGAGCGAGUCUUCACAGAAAGUGGGCCAAGUCCGAGAGUCCUACAGCUGGGUUUUAAACAUCCCGAGCAAGAAUCUACACAUGAACUUCCAGGAGGUGUUAGUUGAUCUGGGCUCAAAGAAUGAUCGAGGACUUUACCAUGCGCGGGUCAGAGCUGUAGUUGGAGGAAGACCUUUGACCUUCUACAGUCUUGUGGGCCUAGAAAAUGAAUCAUUCUACCGCAGCGUGCCAAGGAUCAUUGCUUUGGCACUGGAGGCCCUCAAGUCUUAACUUGAGUCUUAAGAAUGCAUAAGAGUGCUAAAAUGAGAGACGGUUUCAGAAAGUCUCUCCAAGUGAAGAACUGUUAACAGAGAGAGACGCACACAAACUUUGCUUCUUCUUGUCUCCUUUGAUGUCUCAUUGAUUCGAAAUGAAAGCAUGAAUGUAUCAACCCCAUUACUGAUUACCAGUAACACCACAUUUUUUUAUGUGGUUGGAGACGCAGCCUUGUCUAACUUAUGAAUCUCAAACAAAAUGAUAAGUUAUUCAUAUUGUCUUUUACAAAGGUUGAGCCUCUUGUAAAGCACA